UCGGGCUGGUAGUUUUGCCUUCCAUUAAAUCGCUCCGACAGCCGAAUAUUAGACGGUGCUUAGCGCUGUGCCUGGCGAAACAUGUCUGUGUCACUUCACCUUGUAUCAGAGCUGCAUCUCCAGCUCACGUUAUUGACUACCCUCAGCCUCCUGGCCGUCAGGAGAAACCUUGUACAAGCACAGCAGGGUUCUGGAUGUGGACAUACAGUCUUUGGUCCUGAAAGUGGUACUCUGGCUUCCAAGAACUACCCUGGCACUUACCCGAACCACACCUUCUGUAAAUGGGAGCUGCGAGUUGCAUCGGGGAAGAAUAUCAUUCUGAGGCUUAGUGACUUGGACAUUGAGUAUACUGAGGAUUGUUCAUCCAGUUCCUUGAAAAUCUAUAGUUCAUCAUCUGCUAACAUUAGUCAUGGUCCUUAUUGUGGCAAUAUGAAUGGACUCCCUUCACAACUACAGUUAGCAUCCAGUGUGGUGACUGUGGAGUUCAGAAGUAUCACUCAUAUAUCAGGAAGAGGAUUUAUGCUCUCCUACGCCACUACUGAUCAUCCAGACUUGAUUUCCUGUCUGGAUAAAGGAAUUCAUUAUUCUCAGCGGCAUUUUACUAAAUAUUGUCCAGCAGGUUGUAAAGAUGUCGUUGGUGAAGUUUGGGGAAACCUUCAACAGGGUUAUCGUGAUACAUCUGUCUUGUGUAAAACAGCUCUCCAUGCUGGUGCAAUAGCGGAUGAACUUGGAGGCCAAGUCUCAGUGGUUCUGAACAAAGGCAUCACUCUGUAUGAAGCAGCUUCUGCAAAUGGAAUUCUAACUAAAACAGGUUCAUUGUCUGAGAAACGGAUCGAAAUCAGGAAAGAUUGUGAUACCAUCUUGAAGACUAGACAUUUUAGUGCCUCAUCCUCUUGGACAGAGAAGAACAACAUUGGAGAGUUGCAUGUCUGGUCCCCUGACAAAGCAAAUAUCAGCAACAAUGGGUAUCCCUGGGCAUGGGCAGCCGACUUACCCACUGAGCGCCAGUGGCUGCAAAUAGACUUGGGAGAACGGAAGAACAUCACAGGGAUUGUGACCAAAGGCAGCAUGACAAAUGGGUAUAACUUCUAUGUGAAAACAUAUAAGAUUACCUACAGCAGAGAUGGGAAAACAUGGAGAAUCUAUAAGACUAGGAACAACAAGGAAGGCAAGAUUUUUCAAGGCAACAUGAAUGACCGUCAAUCGGUUCGCAACAAUUUUAUCCCAUCUUUCGUGGGGCGGUACAUUCGAAUUAGACCCCAAACCUGGUACCAAAGAAUAGCUUUGAAGGUGGAGCUGAUUGGUUGCAAGGCCUCACAAAGAAUCCGGUUUGCUAUUCCCCGUAGUUCCAAACCUUUACCCAAGCCAACGGAGCACCUCACAGAAAGCAGCACCCCGGUAAACCCAGUGAUGGUGGAGAAGCACUCACCAGGUUUUAAUCUGAUGCUGAUACUUAUUGUAGUUGGCUCUGUAAUAAUCAUGUCUACAGCUGUCCUGUUACUAUGUCUAUACUGCAUGAAAAGGAAGGCUGGACCAAGAAUGGACUGCUCUUUGCUAAGAGUAUGUGAAAAGUCAGUCAAAAAGCAGAACUGUCAAAGGGGUCUACACCAGCCCACUGACUCAGAGAUUAUUACUUACACCAGUGAGGAUGAGUCUGGCAGGUACAUCCCUGGAAACAACUUGUCAGAGUAUGCAGAGCCUGACAUUAUUCAAGUCGGGAUAACAGCCCAAAAAGCCUCAUCUACUUUCAAGCCUCCAAUAGACGAUGGCUACACUAUACCACUUGUUGUAAGUCACUAUGAUGUUCCUUUCUCGGGGAAGAGCCAUGAAUAUGCAGAACCAUUAUCUAACCAGGAGCCGGAGUAUGCUACUCCAUUUGUUGAGCAAAGCUCAGACUCCGAACCCUCCACAAAGAAAAAUGUCUACAUAGUAAAAGUCAUUCCACCCAAUCAAGAAGCACUAUAGAAACCUCAAUUAAGCCAGCUAUGCUGCCUCGAUACUAUUCUCCAACCAGACAAGAGACAGGUUUGUGUCGUGUACUCAACCUUCUCAAAGGUUACCAAGCAAAACAGAGAAGUCAAAAGCAGCAAGCAGAAAGGUACAACAUCGAGCAAAUUACACCAAAAACAGCUCCUCUCUGCCCUCAUGACUUUGUCAGUAAACCAUUGAGCACAUGGACAGUAAGUACUUGUGUACGCUUUAAAACCACCUGUCACUCCUGAACUUUAAAGAGAUUUGGCAAUACACUAUUAUCGAUGCCAAAUGGUAGGAAUUAGGCGGAACAGAUGGUCAAGUCAGAUUGUAGCUCCAGGGCAAGGAGUCUAUAUUGAUAUCACUACGUGAAAACCUUGAACUCUGAAUACAUGAUGUUGUUUCCAACAGGGAAUGUUUUGAUAAUCAAGUUAUUUAAUGUAUUUUUUUAAAGUACUGAAUAGGUAAAAGCACUUCAUAAAAUAGGACUGGAUGGGAGCAUGCAUUAAUUGUUCAUUUUUGUUACAGAUAUUUUUACAACAGAGAAAACUGAUUUUAUUUAAUCAACAAUUAAUCAGAUUUUUCUUAAUAAAAUGUGAUGUCUAGGUUUUGGUAUAGACUCUUUUGAAAUUCAAAAUGAUGGGAUUCACAGUCCUUGGCACUGCACACCUUCAGGCUAUAUUCCCAGAAAUAUUUUUAACAAAAAAUGAGUUGAUUUUAUAGCAGAAUUUAAAUACAGAAUAAAUACAUGGGAGCAAUUUCAGAGCAGCCACUUCUCGGAGUCAUUCAUGAAGAUGAUCUAUGGAUAAUCUUGGAGCUUCUCACAAAAAAUUGCAUUGAAAUUACAACAAUGAAAUCACAUCCUCGUAUCUGAUCUUCUUCCAAUUUAAUUUCUUUUCUUUGGAUCCUCUUGAUUUUGAAUGUUCAGGUCUCCCUGUGAAGUGGAAAUGACAAGAUAUUCUUAUUAAAGAAUUGUCAAUAGCAAAAUGGUUAUACCAUAUUCUAACAAAAAUCUAAAAUGAUUAAUGGGACAUAACAUGCCUAUAAGAACAAUAAUUGAGUCAUUAUAAUCUUGUUAUUUGUGGGAUCUUGCUGUGCACCAAUUGGCUGCUACAUAUCCUACGUCACAACAGUGACAUAAUUUUAAGAGCCAAGUCAUUGGCUGUAGAGUUUUUUGGAAUCCUCUGAGGUUGUGAUAGGUGCUACAUGAAUGCAAGUCUUUGUUUUUAUUACAAUUUACUGUGUAGAUUUAUAUACCAGAUGAGGCCUACGGCAAGAAUUAUUCCACAAUGGUACCUUGAGCAUAUCAGGAUGGCUGGUUUAUAAUGCAGAAUGAUGCCAGCAGCGUGUGUUCAAUUCCCACACCAUCUGAGGUUCUCCUUCUCAAUCUUUCCCCUCACCUGAGGUAUGGUGACCCUUGGGUCAAACCAUCAUCCGUUGCCUUCCUGUAAUGAGACAGCAGCCGUAUGGUCUGGUAAGACUAUAGUAAGUUUAUAUUUUAUACAGAAGCAUAGUUGGAAUUGUUUAAUACAAAUUAAACAGUUGUUUGGAGAUACAAACCACUGCACCAGAAAUUCGACUGAAUAGAGAAUGAAUGGAAUUCAUCGAAUCAUAGAAGCCCUACAGUGUGAAAAGAGGCCAUGUGGCCCAUCAAGUCUGCACUGACCCGAAGAACAUCCCAC